AGAUGGAACUGCCGCCGGUUCCAGAGCUGGUGGGGCUGUCGCUGCUGCUCGGGCUGCUGGCGCUGGUGGCGACGGCGGCAGUGGCGCGGGGGUGGCUGCGCUCGGAGCUGGACACGGGCGGCCAGCCCGCCGUUCAAAAAGCAAAUGGAUCUCCACCCGAUAAAUCCUUGGGAUCCAAGAAGCAGAAACAGCAUCAGCGAAUCCGCAAGGAGAAGCCUCAGCAACACAAUUUCACCCACCGCCUCCUGGCUGCGGCACUGAAGAGCCACAGCGGGAGCAUAUCUUGCAUGGACUUUAGCAGCAACGGCAAGUACCUGGCCACCUGUGCAGAUGAUCGGACCGUCCGCAUCUGGAGCACCAAGGACUUCCUACAGCGUGAGCACCGCAGCAUGCGAGCCAAUGUGGAGCUGGACCAUGCCACCCUGGUGCGCUUCAGCCCUGACUGCAGAGCCUUCAUUGUCUGGUUGGCCAGUGGAGACACUCUCCGUGUCUUCAAGAUUACCAAGCGAGAGGAUGGGGGCUACACCUUCACAGCCACCCCAGCGGACUUUCCCAAAAAGCACAAAGCACCCGUCAUCAGCAUUGGCAUUGCCGACACAGGGAAGUUCAUCAUGACAGCCUCCAAUGAUACAACCAUCCUCAUCUGGAAUCUGAAAGGUCGCGUGCUGUCUACCAUCAACACCAACCAAAUGAACAAUACACAUGCUGCCAUAUCACCAUGUAGCAGGUUUGUGGCUUCUUGUGGCUUUACUCCGGAUGUAAAAGUUUGGGAAGUUUGCUUUGGAAAAAAUGGGGAGUUCCAGGAGGUCGUGCGAGCCUUUGAACUGAAGGGCCACUCUGCAGCUGUGCACUUCUUCGCUUUCUCUAAUGAUUCCCGAAGGAUGGCAUCUGUCUCCAAGGAUGGUACGUGGAAACUGUGGGACACGGAUGUGGAAUACAAGAAGCAGCAAGAUCCGUAUUUGCUGAGAACAGGCCGCUACGAAGAAGCGAGUCGUAUGGUGUGCCGUCUGGCGCUCUCCCCUGACGCCCAGGUCUUGGCCUUGGCCAGUGGCAGUAAUAUUCAUCUCUACAAUACCCGGCGGGGUGAGAAGGAAGAAUCCUUUGAGCAGGUCCACGCGGAAUGUAUCACUGACUUGUCCUUUGACAUCACUGGCCGGUUUCUGGCUUCUUGUGGGGACCGGGCAGUGCGGCUCUUCCACAAUGCGCCUGGCCACCGGGCAGUGGUGGAGGAAAUGCAGGGCCUCCUGAAGCGCGCCUCUAAUGAGAGCACCCGCCAGAGGCUGCAGCAGCAGCUGACACAGGCCCAGGAGGCCCUGAAGAGCCUGGGGGUCCUGAAGAAAUGA